CUGGCAUUCAGCCUUACUGUAUGUACUGUACAUGAAAGGAAAAGGCCACCAGUCAAUUUGGUCCAUGAAAACGAUGUGCUCUCUUCAGUGUUUCGUGGACACAAUGCAAACCAAUUUGUGUAUUCCGUGGACAAAAGGCGUUACGAUGUAACGUGGUUUCGUAAUGAAUGUUACGUUAUGAAUGUAUUUCGUCACACAAAAGUCAUUCUGUCCACGAAAUAAGGCAUGUUUUGGCGCCCCUAAACUUCCUGUUUAGCUUUGGUAUUGGUGUGUGUGUGUGUGUGUGUGUAUUUAAGAGAUUGCAGAGACUGUUGCUAUCAGAGCACCUUGAAGAAUCCACACAUUGAAAGAAGUUCCUGUUGUGCCAUCAGUGCAGGGUAGGUUUUUCAACACAAGAAGUCUACCUGAGCUUUUCUCAGAAGAGCUUUAGAUGCCUGUUCAGAAGGAAGUUCAUCUAGAGUUUAAUUCUCUGUUUAAGUCCUUCUUUUUAACAGAAUGGCCAAGCACAUAGAAGUUCUCUACACCGUGCUUGAGGUCCUGAUCGCUGUGGCAUGUUGCCUUGGUAACCUGCUGGUCAUCUGGGCAGUGUGGGCGUGUGGUGCCAUGCGGCGGCAGCCCACCUUCUGCUUCAUCGUCUCUCUGGCUGUUGCUGACUUCCUGGUGGGGGCUGUGGCGGUACCUAUGGCGGUUCUGGUGGACGGACGGGUCAGAACCUCCUUCUAUGGCUGUGUGACCCUGUGUUCUGUGGUGGUCAUUUUGCCCCUAGCCUCAAUUCAUUCACUGAUGGCCAUUGCUCUGGACAGGUUCCUACGUGUCUACAUCCCUCACCGAUACAAGGGAGUUGUGACACAAUUUCACUCCUGGUCUAUUGUGGGAGUUUGCUGGUUCUCUGCUGGUAUAUUGGGCUUCAUUCCUAUGUUUGGUUGGUAUCGCCAUGAUACUCUUGAAUACAUGGAAGCAUCCAACUCGACAACCAUCACUUGUACAUUUCUGGCGGUGAUUCCAAUGCCAUACAUAGUCAACUUUAUUUUCUUGACCUGCUUACUCCCACCUAUGCUGCUUAUGAUGGUGUUGUACUUCUAUAUAUUUAGAAGGAUCCACCAACAGCUGAGAGGCCAUGGACUGGGCGGCAGUGAGUCUCGGUCUCGUUCCUACUACCAGAAGGAACGGAAACUCACCCGGUCCCUCGCUGUCAUUCUGGCACUCUUUGCUGUUUCCUGGCUACCUCUGCAUUUCAUGAACAUCACCUCCUUCUACGGUACUCUAGUUCCUCACCAGGCCUUCUAUGUCGGCAUCCUCCUCUCUCAUGCAAACUCAGCUGUUAACCCAGUCGUGUAUGCUUGGAAGAUCCGCAAGAUCAAGUCUGCUUUUAAGAUGUUGUGGAGCAGAUACCUUCUAUGCAUGGAGUACCAAGAGACCCCAGGGGGCAGUCAGGUGACCAACAGCACCAGCACCACCAGGAAUUAGCAGCACAUCAAGGUCUAGUGGUCUGAAAUGCUGGCUAUAUUUGAUAUGAAUAGUUUGGUUCCAAAACCCUAUCUCUCCAUUUUUAAAAACAGUAAUUCAUGUUAUUUAAUUGUGUA